AUGAGGUGUAACAACCCUGAGCAGGAGGUCGUCAUCGACGAGCAGACGGGACUCCCGGUGAAGAACCACGACUACACCGAGAAGCCCUCUGUGAUCUACAAGCCGUCAACCAUUGUUCCUCAAAACACCAUCCUGGAGAUCCCAGCUCCCAAGGAAUUGGAAACCCCUAUUACCUUCAACCCUACCGUUGACACCUUCUUUGACGCUGACACUAACAAGAUUGUUGUUUUGAUGGAAUUGCCCGGUUUCAGCCACAACGAUAUCACCGUAGAAUGUGGAUUGGGAGAACUCAUCAUUAGCGGCCCCCGCCCCAAGGACGAGCUUUACGAGAAAUUCGGCAACAACCUCGACAUCCACAUCCGUGAGCGCAAGGUCGGUUACUUCUACAGGCGCUUCAAGCUCCCCCACAACGCUUUGGACAAGUCGGUCACCGUCUCCUACUCUAACGGUAUCUUGGACAUCAGGGUUGAGUGCUCGCAAUUCUCCGAAAUGCGCCGCAUCCAGAUCGACCCCAAGGCUUAA